CAAAAUUAGGAACAUUUGCGUUAUACAAAAUUAUAUGACUUUAAACAUGCAAUAACAACAAAACAACUAGAUAUCCAUGAGACAUACGUGACCAGCACCACCUAACAGGCUCAAAUAAUCAAACACUUGAUAGAACCUUGUGAGGCCUAUAUAUCUUCUUUCUCCUUGUCUUUGGACGCAGUCAUUUAAUGCACGUACCUCUUAACCUCACCUCCAAGUCUUGAAACCAUUGGAAGCUUCUUACCCACUUGCAUAUUUUUAUUUCCAUUCUCUUGUGUUCAACGAUCAUUGCACGGACCUCAUCUUAAGCUAGCUACCUCUGUUUGCCACUUCCUCUUGUUGGUAUAUGCCGAUUAGCACAACAAAUCAACAAUGCACAGCUUCAAGGUAAUUCAGAUAAGCUUUUUUUAAUGUGAAGAAGGAAAACCCCUCCUUCUGAGUCAGCCAUGGUGGAGGAGAAUCAGAAAUUAAGAUGUAGGAAGAUACUUAAUUGGUUUAGCAAGAAGCAAAAGGAAAAUAAGCCAUCAUCAUUGAGUUCGUAUGAAAUAGAAGAUGGAGCAGAAGAUGAGAGUGAUCACUCCAGGGGCAAUCUGUCCCUUCAGUCACUGGAAUUUGAUCCAUGCAUUUCAAUAGACAAGUUAAGGAUAUUUGUUGGAACUUGGAAUGUUGCUGGCAGAUCUCCUGUGGGAAGCUUAGCUGUUGACAUGGAUGAGUGGUUAAAUCUCAAGAAUGCUGCUGAUAUAUAUGUUCUUGGGUUUCAAGAGACUGUACCAUUGAAGACCUUAACUGUGAUAGGAGCAGAGGACCCUUCUGUGGCAACAAACUGGAACCAGCUCAUAGGAACAACACUAAACAACAAAUUUAAUUACCACCAGAAGAUGGAGAGUCCAAGCUCUAUAGCUGGAAACAAUUUGUACAGGGUUGUGGCUAGCAAGAAGAUGGUUGGAGUGUUGAUGAGUGUGUGGAUAAGGGAGGAAGUGAUGAAGAAGUAUCGAGUUUCAAACGUGAGAGUUUCAUCAGUGGCUUGUGGGGUCAUGGGGUGCUUGGGAAACAAAGGUUCUGUGGCGGUUAGCAUGUUGAUUGAAGGGACUAGCUUUUGUUUUGUGGCGGCUCACUUAGCUUCAGGGGAGAAGAAGGGUGAUGAAGGGCGUAGAAAUCAUCAGGUGGCGGAAAUUUUCAGGAGAAGCUCUUUUGCUAGGACCACAACAUCACAUCAUCAUCGUUAUCCUCUAACCAUCUUAGGACACGAACGCAUAUUCUGGUUUGGGGAUCUCAACUACAGGCUAUAUUUGAAGGACGAUUUUGCCAGGAAUCUAAUAAGAAAGCAAGAUUGGAAGGCUUUGCAAGAGUUUGAUCAGCUUCAGAAAGAGCUAGAAGAAGGUGGUGUGUUUGAAGGUUGGAAAGAAGGUAACAUAGAAUUUGCGCCUACAUAUAAAUACGCAUCGUCCCCUAGCAAUCUAUACUGUGGUGGUGGCCUUCCAACUAGAUCAGGGGGGAAGCAAAGAACACCAGCAUGGUGUGACCGGAUUCUGUGGUAUGGUAAAGGAGUAGAGCAACUUCAAUAUAUUCGGAGUGAAAGCAAAUUUUCCGAUCACCGACCCGUUUCAGCGCUUUUCUCUACACAAAUUGAAGUUAAGUCAUCUAGCAAUGGACUUAUGGAACCAGAAAAUAUCACCCCAACAAUGUGGCAACCAGAUCAUGGUGUUAGCCAAGGAGAUGAAGAUGGAAAACCUACCUUGCUUUCAUUGUUAGACAAGAAUGUACAAGGCUGCUAACAAGCAAUUAAAUCUUUAGAUUGAAACUUGAAGGGAUGACAAUUGAUAUAUAAUUUAUUUCCUAAACCAACAUUUAUUUUUCUGGAUAUUAGGACUUUAAAGAUUAAAUUUAGACGGCAAGGUAUAGCAAAUGUAAUAUAUUGCUGUUGAAAAAUCAAGAUGUACCAUAGAUAUAACAUGGAGAAGUUUUAGUGCCAAUUACCAAGUCAGAGAAAAACAGAACAAUAUAAAUUUUGUGAAUUAUGCAGAUACUAUUGAUCAGUAACUAGCCCAAUAUCUACUAAAAAAGAAAUAUAUUCACUGUAUUGUGUUCCCAAA